AUGAAUUGUAAUGGCGAACCAGAAUGGCUGAACGAAGCACGCGAAAUAAAUCGUGAAAACAUGAGAAAAUUCAACGAAAAGAUUCAUGAAUUAAAAGAUGAAUUAAGCGGCUGGCUGGCUGAAAUGAAAAGAGCGGACGAUAUGAUACAAUCGGCGAAUGAACUUGAAGCAGUUUCUUUGAAACAAGUGGAGUCAAUUAAUGCCGAAGUAGAAGCACACAAUGCUCAAGUAGAAGCUUGGUACGCCGAAAUGGAUGCUUACAAAGCCGAGCGGAAAGCUUGCGAUGAAGGUUUGGCUCGAUGCAAGGCGAUCAUUGCUGCUGAAAAAUUGAAACUGCAAGAGUUAGCUAAACUACGAGAAGAACAACUGAAGAAGAUGCACGAAGUUCAAUUGAAACGAGCACAAGGUGAUCAGUACUGGAAAGAUCGCAUCGCCGCAGAAAUCGAAAAACGUAUGGGAAAUAGUGAAGCCUUACGAUGUGGUGCUUCGCAGAAAGAAUCUUCGACAAAACGAAUAAACAAGCGUGGGUAUCACCGCAAACGUUUUCAAAAAAAACGGACAGAGUAG